GUGUGUGAGAGAGAGAGAGAGAGAGAAGAGGUGUGUCCUGGGUCACUAGGGAUCUGAGCAUUGAGCAAAGGAGUCCAGCCAUUACCUGUAGUAAUGCAUCAGUUGGGCUAGUCAUCAGGGACAUGAGAGGCCGAGAUAUGACUUGGGAAGAGAAUGAGCGGCCAAGGUUUGGGAAGUAUGGUUGGGGUCCUAUUAAUUGGUGAUGAGGUCUGACAAGGAGAAGCCUCUGGGAAAAGUCCCCAAAUGGGACGCGCCUGGAUGUGGGGAGAGAGGCAUCAAGACUGACUUGGUUCAACAGGAGGAAGGCCAACCUGUUCCGUGAAUUCUCAUUUGCUAGUGUGUGGCCGAACGCGCCGGCCCCCCGCGCUCUUGGGACUUAUCGGGGGACAGCCGCAAAGCCGGCUCAGCCUCACUGCGGGUCCGCCAGCUCUCCGCUGUGGGUAGCGCUCUCGGCUCAUCCAGCCCUGCAGAGAGCGCUGUGGGCACGUCCUGGCGAUCCGGCAUGCGCAGUGCGUCGUGGGGCAGGAGGUGGGGCUGCCGGAACCCGGAAGCGCAGGACCCACGUGGAAAUCGCGGAGGGGUGGGGGGUGGACGGGCACUGUGUGGCUCAGCUGUCGGGUUCAGGGAGUCCUCGAGCUGGUAGUGGGGUCUGUUCGUCCCUGAGAGCAGCCGUUGUGUCCUCUUCACCUGCACGUGGCGGUGACUCCUCGCCAGGACGCAGCUGGGGGCUUCCCGGCACGGCCCGCACAAUGGGGCUGCUCUCGACCCUCACGGUCUCUACCUGUUACUGCUCUGGUCGUCUGGUGGCCCGUCAUUUCUCCCGUGGGGUGCGGCCUGGCGGGGAGGAACUAAGCCGCCUGAGGCUGGAUGACUUGGCGCCGACCCCGCGGCUAGAGCUGCUGUUUGGCUUGUCCCCGUGUCUCCUGGCUCUGCGAGCCGCCCGCCGCCGAGUGGCCCGGCUCCUGCUCCAAGCCGGCAGGGCUGGACUACAGGGAGAGCGGGCCGAGCUGCUCCGGGAAGCGGAGGCGCGGGACAUCCCAGUUCUGCGGCCCAGGCGGCAGAAACUGGACGCCCUGUGCCGCCACCACGUGCACCAGGGCGUCUGCAUGGAGGUGAGCCCGCUGCGGCCCCGGCCUUGCAGGGAAGCGGAGGAAGUAAGCCCAGGCGACAACCACCAGCGACUGUGCCUCGUCCUUGAGGGGCUCCAGGAUCCCCGGAAUCUUGGUGCUGUCCUGCGCUCCGCUCACUUCCUCGGAGUGGACAAAGUCAUUAUAAGCCAGAGAAACAGGCACGGGCACUCCUUAUUCCCCAUGUACCCAACUUGGAGCUGCCCGCUCACUCCAGUAGUCAGCAAGGCCAGUGCGGGGGCUAUGGAGGUGAUGGAUGUGUUCUCUACUGACGACCUGGCAGGUUUUUUACAGGCCAAAGCCCAGCAAGGCUGGCUUGUGGCAGGCACCGUGGGCUGCCCGGGGCCUGAGGUUUCGCAGUCCUCCCAAACCCCCAUCAUGAGUUGCUUAGAGUUCCUCUGGGACCAGCCUACUCUCCUCGUGCUGGGGAACGAGGGUUCUGGUCUGUCCCAGGAGGUGCAGGCCUCCUGUCGGCUCCUCCUUACCAUUCUGCCAGGGCGCCAGCUGCCUCCCGGACUCGAGUCCUUGAAUGUGUCCGUGGCUGCAGGAAUUCUUCUUCACUCCAUUUGCAGCCAGAGGAAAGGUUUCCAUGCAGUGGAGAAGACAGAGAAGCCCCUCAAAGACCCACAAGAACCACCAGCUAUGUCCAAAGGACUCUGAGUCGCUCAGCACCCAGAAUCGUCUUCAGGAUCAGAAAAAGAGAGGCAAAUGGGGGCUUAGGGGGCUGUCCACGAAGUGCACGUGAUGGUGCCAGGACAGUUGCACACACAUCCCCAGGUCUGGCCUGCUGGCACCUCUUCUGGAGUGUACACCCAAGCCCCUGUUCCUUGAUGUCAGUCAUUAACUGUAUGGCCGGGGACCCUGCAGUAAAGACCGGAGGAGUUCAGUCUCCUAUUUUGCUGUGGACCUGCAGUUGAAGAUGUAGUUUGGUGAUUUCCAGGAUGGGCUAUGGCAAAAGUCGAGUGGAAGUUGAGGCUUCAGAAGGGAAUCAGGCAGCCCAGUCCAGGGUCCGACUGCUCCUGACCAGGUGUUGCCUGUGGUGAAUGUUGAGUGUGAGGAUGUGGAGGGAGGCCGAGGCCUUCCUGUGGGAUAGACGAAGUACAAAUCAAGGACUGUCCCCAUGUGGGCCUUAAGUACAUGUCUUUAUCUUGUGGUGCCCAGGACCUUGGUCUGCACCUACCUACCUCACAGGGUUGUUGUGAGGAGCAAAUAAAACAUCACCUGGUAUCAUCCAUUAAGCACUCCA